AUGGCAAUGGUGCGAGCCAAAAAAAAUAUUGUUUCUUAUGUGAAAGAAUUAAAACUCCGUAAAGAUACGUCGCGUAUUGAAGUUAGGAUUGUUCGCUUGUGGAGAAACUAUAACAAAGAAUCAGGAAACACCAUUGAAAUGGUGGUUGUUGAUAAAGAAGGGACAAGAAUUCAUGCUUCAGUUGGUGAACAACUCAUCAAAAAAUUUGAUGACAAGCUACGCGAGGGAGAUGCGAUUGUCCUCCAGUUGUUCAAAGUGUACGAUGCAACUGGUGAAUACCGUACAACGCCACAUCCUUACAAAAUUGGCUUCUUUCCAACAACUUUUGUUGGAAAAGCUGAUGAUUUUCCAAGUGCAGUUCCCGAAAAGUAUUUCGCGGACUUCUAUGAUAUUCUUGGUGGAAAUCUGGAUCAUAGCUCUUUGGUUGAUUUUGUUGGCCAAAUAGUUAACUUCGGGUCUCUGGAAAACAAAAUAAUAAAAGGAAAAGACAACAUGAGGCUCUUGGUUGAGCUGCGUAACGCAAAUAAUGUGAAGAUGAUGUGUACUAUGUGGGGUUGUUAUGCUAAACAAGUAUACGAAUACAGUAGUAGUAACAUGUCGACCAUGAUUAUUUGUGUUAUCAGAUUUUGUUCUGUUAAAGAGUGGAAAUGUGAUUACUCCAUAUCUAGCAGGUAUAAUUCAACACAUAUUCUGCUCAACCCAACACUUAAUUUUAUUGAGGAGUUCAAAUCAAGUCUCCCUGAUGAUUCACUUGCUCUUACAAACAACGAUAGUAGCCAAUGGUCUGUUGGUACUGCUACUUCUAUUCGUGCCAGGUUUUUUGUUCUUAAUGAGAGGCUAACCAUCAGAGAGAUCAUUGACAGUACUCUGGUUGGCACUUUUGUCACUCUGCGGACUAUAUCAACAAUUGAUACUGAACGUUGCUGGCAAUAUUUAAGUUGCAAAUACCACAACAAAAAAGUGAUGCCGACAACCAAUGUUGAUGGUGAUGGCCGGCCCUUGCUCUUCUACAAUACGUGUGACAAAGAACACAUUGAUGUCAUUUCCAGGUUCAAAUUAAUUGCCCAUGUCAAGGACGAUAGCGGUGAGGCUAAUUUUCUUUUGUUUGAUGCUAAUGCUCAACAAAUUGUGCGUCAUUCUGCUGCUGAACUCUAUGACGAGAAUAAAUUCGUUGAUAAAACCACAAUUGUACAUCAAUUAAAACCAUAA